AUGUCAUUUAAUAAAGAAGAGAAAAGUUUGGGGGUGGAGUUGAAAAGUAAGGUAAAAGAGAUGGGACAUGUGAAAAUGGUCAAAGGAUUAGAAAGAGAUUUGGGGACCAAAGUUGUCGUGUUUGACCAUUGUUGUAUUUGA